UUCAACAUGGAGACAACAGUUGAAAAGCUCGAGGCGAUGUUCCUGAAGUCCGAGGCCGACCUGGAGUACAUCGAGAGGCGGCUGAAGCUGGACUUCAUCAAAGACGCAGCAGAGAAUGGAUGUCCCGCUGAGGAGAACCCGGCGGUGAUGCUGGAGAAUCUGAGGGCCAUCAAGGCCAAGCACGCGGCGCUGUGCUCGCAGGUGAAGGAGAUCGCGGCGGCGCAGAAAGAAUCCAUGGACUCCAUCAGAAACAACCUGGGCAGUGCCAUGGAGCUGGUGCAGCGCUUCCAGCAGACUACUGACGUGGAGGUUCAGCCACUGACGGAGUCCGAGCGAGAGUCAGCAGAGCUCCUGGGUUUAGCCGUCAGUGAGACCACAACAGAGGCUCCUCCUCCUGGAGCAGCUUCUGAGCACCAGCAGUCACUGAGCUGCGAGUACGAGGAGCUGAGCGCCGCCAUGUUGGAGGCGGUUCCUCUCAGCGUACGCUCCAACGUCAAGCUGGCUGACCUCAAUGUGUUCUACCAGCAGCUGCAGCAGCACCUCGGCAAAGACGGUGGCUCCCUCAGCGAGCAGAAGAUGAAGCAGUUGAAGAUGAAGGGGAGCGAUGCCAAGCUGAAGGUACUGCAGCACCUCUCGUUGGUGGAGUUGGACAGGAAGGGCCACGUUCGCCUCGUCGUGUGACGAGAAUCCUCAACCGGAGACUGCUGUGGUGGGGGGGACAUCGUCGCUGGGCGGGGCUCCACCCGUCCCACCUGGAGGAUUGUUGUUACUGACGUCAUCUUCUCUCCUAGAGCUGACACACGUGACUCUAAAACUUAAGUCAUUAAUUUGAGUUGUGAUAAAUGCAUGGACGUCCAGUGGUGUCAGCUGUUGAUAAAUGUCUGAAUACGAGGGAUAUUGAUAUUCCUGUACUGUACUGUCUGAUUGUAUCAAUCAGACAAUGUUUCUGUGACUAAGAUGGAACCCAGAGGAGCGUAAUUUAAUGGACUAACAGUCACCUUCACAUUUCCCACUAUUCUGUGUUUGGGUGCGUGAACUGAAAUGGAGAAUGUUUGUUGAUGUUUCCUCUGAGGAGAGGACAGAGGGGGUCCGAGGGCGGUCCGAGGUUUUUUCAGUGGAUUGUUGUAAAACCAGACGGUGUCUUUGUGUAUAUGAUUUUUAUUUCCUGAAACAGAGAAAAUGUUAAAUAAAUGUGGGAAACCCGAUGACUCGAUGGGGACUUCUUUUCUACCGACAUCAAAAAGAUUUUCUGAACAAUUCUUUAAACAAUACAAAUGAUUCCAGCUCUGACUUCAAACAUGGAGAAGUCAGUUCAUUUACAGCAUCGACAGCUGUUAGAGUAACAAACGUUCCAGAACAACAAACCUUGCUUAAUAACAACAGCAAACCACUAACUGGAAAAAACUUAACAGGUAACGUAACAAAUGCAGGUAACGGCAGGUUUCCCUUGUUGAUCUGGCUCAUGGGGAGUUUGGUCCUGCUCCAACAGAAUCCUCCUGUAUUCACAAACGUACAUGAACUCUCAGUUUGACUUCUCAAGUGGAUCAUUUCAAUCAUUACUGGCGUCAAACAUACAGAGCCCAGGUGUUUCACAAGCAUGCUGUGUGUGAGCUCACCAGUGGAGGAUGUGUUUCAGGCGGUGGCUGCGUCACCAGUGGAGCUGACGGUGUGUGCUGGGUGUCCUUUAUUGUCACCACGCUGCCCUUCAAACAGCUCAACCCUAAACACCAGAUGCACUAUAUUACUAGAUUUAUUUUUAUAUGUUUCUGGCAGAGAACAUAAUUAACUGCAUGAUUUUCUUUGAUGUCUUUAACCUGCAAAACAAACGGUUAGUAUAUGCAUUGAAAUUGCAUUUGAAAUGUUAACUCUUAGCAGCACUUGACACUCACAGUGUGCGGACCCCUGGGCUCCUUCCGGUGCCCUCCAUUCCAAACGCCAGCAGCACGUCGUCUAGUGUCGAGUGGGCUCUGAAAAAGGAGAACACGCACUGACGGUAGUUGCAUCGCCAUGACUCAGCGACAGCCUUCGACUCUGCAGCUGUAAUCCUGGAACGUUUGUGUUGAUGAGGUCAUUGACAUCAUUGAGCCUGCUGUCCCCCACCUGUUGGUGUCCUCCAGUAAACUGGGACUUUGCUGGGACCCUGGAGACACCCUGAGCUCUUCCUUCUGAUCUGCAGUCACUGUGUCGACAACGAGCUCGUCUGAGUGGACAAACCGAUCCAAGACUGUUGGAAUUAUUGUAAGUCAUCA